AUGAAUUUUAUAUUUGCACUAUCAUUAAUUAGACGAUGCUUCACAACAGGUCCAACACGAACAAUUAUUGAUGUUCACAAAGCCCUGGAAUAUCACGUAUCGCUUAUUAAAAAAAAUGAUCCAGCGAAAAGUACAGCGAGGAAGUUCCGGAGCCGAGUGAUGAACGACAGCCGUGAUCAGGUGGUAAUACCUUUAAAAAGUUCAAAUAAGGAAUUUCAUACUAGAUACAUUGGAUGGUGUAAUUAUGUACGUUUUGGCAUGCUUCUAGAAGAUCUGGACACAUUCGCUGUUUGGUUAGCUUAUCGACACAAUCAGGGAGAGAUACAUCUUAAAAAUUCGGAAGAUUUUGAACCAAUAACAUUCGUCACGGCAUGUGUUGAUCAUAUCAGAAUGGAUGACAAAUACGAUAUUGUGGUUGACGAAGAUAUUUAUAUGGAUGGUUUCGUGAGCUGGGUAGGCAGAUCGAGUCUUGAGACUUCAAUGCAACUUUCUCAAAAUAUUAAUGGUGUAACGAACAAAUUCUUACAAACAAAAUUUGUGAUGGUUGCACGAGAUGCGGAAGGUAAAAAAUCGCUACCCAAUAUUCCAUUAGUUGUUACAAAUGCAGAGGAAGAAGCGAUUUUCAAUAAAGGAAAAGAAGGUCGAAGAUUACGCAAACUGAAUGAAGAAUGCUCGCUGCUGAAAACACCACCAAAUGAAAGCGAAAUCGGAAUAUUGCAUGAUAUUUUCAAGAGAAACAUCGAGUCUGGGCGUCAAAAAGGUCAUAACGGAAUCGUACCACCCAAUCAUGUAUGGAUUCAUGAUGCUUGUCUUAAUGAUACCGUUAUUUGUUUUCCAAUAAAACGAAAUAUAUAUGGCAAAAUAUUUGGUGGCUUCCUGAUGCGAAAAGCCAUGGAAUUAGCUUGGUCUAAUGCAUCUUUAUUCAGUGGAAAUCGUUGUCGCAUAUGUGGCGUGGAUGACAUUAUGUUUCGCAAAAGCGUAGAUGUAGGUUCAAUCCUUGUCCUUUCAAGUCAGGUGUGCUACAGUACUGAUCACUACAUGGAACUUAUUGUUGAUGCUGAAGUUUUGGAUAUCGUCACUGGAAACCGCGAAUUAACAAAUACAUUUUUUCUAACAUUUCAAUCUGAUCGCACCAUACCAAUUGUCAUACCAUAUUCGUACUCAGAAGGUAUGCUUUACUUGGAAGCAAGACGACGUUUCGAUAGAUUCCUUUCGCAGUAUCGCAAGGCACUUCAAUAA